AUGGAAGAGAAGGAGGAAGAGGAGCAUGGAGCUCCGGGCCGCAUCUGCCGCCCACCUCGAGCCGGCAGAUCGCCGCCGACCCCGGCAUCGCUGGCUGGAUCGCCCCAAGCAUCGCCGCCAUGCCACCCGCUCGACGCUCGCGCCGGCAUCUGCCGCCUCGCCUCCACCGGCACUCGCCGCCCCAACAAGUCGAGCAUCGACUCGGACCGUCCAUCCGCCCAUCGGUGGCCCCGAUCGUUUCACGAGCUGUUCUUCCUCGACCGGCAGUGCCGGCCUCCAUACCACGGCACUGCCGCUGGCCUUCCUCCGCCGCUGGGCAUCAUCAUCACCAAGCCGCGCCGCCGCUCGAUUUUUCCGCCCGCACAGCAGGCAGCACACCAAGCGCCCCUGCAGCGCCGCCCCACCACCAGCUUCCGCCGCGCCAGGCCACCCCACCGAGCCGCCCGCCUGCGCGCCUCCUGCACGCCCGCACCAGACUCCUCACGCGCCUCGCCCACAGCCACCAGCAGCGCCGCACUUGCUCGCCCCUGGCUCCGCUCCCGCACGCCAGCCUCAACCACCGCGCGCCAGAACGGCCUCUGCUCCGCUCGCCCAGCAAAUUCCACCAGGCCGGCCCGCCGCCUUCGCCAAAUCACCACCGCGCCCGAGGGCUCCUCCCCUUCCGCCCAGCCACGCGCAGUUCACGCGCCCGCACCCAGCGCCACCAGGCCACGACGCGCCCCUCAAGCUCGCUCUCAAACCACCCACCCGCCGCUCUCCCCUGACCGCAUAGCAGGGCCACAGCUCGCCUACAGCCGCGCGCACGCCACCAUCUCCUUCCGCUCGUGCAACAAAUCAGCCAGGCCCGGCAGUGCCGCCCAAAGUCCACCGGCAGUGCCGCUGUGCGCACCCCGGCAGUGCCGCCCAAUCCCAACCGACAGUGCCGGCCUCCAAUAUUGCUGCUGA